AACACGAAGCAGAAAUAGUCGUAGUUUCCCAGCAAUGUCGUCAAUGCUGCUGGACGAUGAGUACGAGAAGAGGCGAGCCAAGGCAUACCAGGACUAUGACACUAUCUGCAAGCAGUUCUCCGUGCUGCUGGAGAAGCUGGACGCGCUGGGUCCGCCGAAGAAGAGGACUAGGCGAUCCGCGAAGAAGAGGAAAACUAAAGCGGAGAAGAAGCCCGCGAGUGCCCGACGACGACCCGCCGCCGGCCCUGACGCCGGAGAUCAGGGCGCGCUACAAAGGAGCUGGCCGUGGUCAUCAAGGGCUUCCUCGAGGAGCUCGGCGACGACGUCGACGGGGAGGCGGCGGCCGGAGGCAGCACAAGCCAGGCAGCUCGGCCACCGCCACCGCCGCCUGCAGCGGGGGACGAGCAGUGAAUCAAGAGCUACCUUGCCGUGUCCCGCGCUCGCUCAAUGA